GGAGUCGAAAUUCUUGGCCAAUUAUUUAUGAUGCCUCCUACAAUUAUUGGGGUAGUCAAGAUCUUCAGUCUAUUCAGAAUGGCAUUUUGGAUCACCAAAGACGAUACAAUUUUUAUGUAACACUGGAUAUUCUUCCCUACUUCAAUGACGGUAGCAUGACCACCACGAGUAACGAGACAGAAUCUAUAUUUUCUAGAACAAAUGGCAAUGUGAUUGGUGGCGCCAUUACAGAACAUUUGACGCUUGAUAUGACAGAGUACAAAAUCACGGACGAUUUACAUGUUUACCCGAAUGUUACCCUGACGAUAGUGGCUGGAACAAAGCUAAUAUUUGAUGACUAUAUUGGCAUGAUUGUGCAAGGAAAACUCAUAGCCGAGGGAUCAUCGACGGAUCAAAUCGUCAUGAACGCCAGUAUAGGUUGGAUGGGGAUACGGUUUUCUCUUUCUGCAGAACGGAGCACUCUUCGUCAUAUCAUAUUUGACAAUUGUGGCAAACAAGAUGUCAGUCAAUCACCACCGGGUUGUAUUAUCAGCGAUAUUGGUAAACAUAGCAUGAACCACUUGAUAUUCAAAAAUUGUUAUUCUAGCUACGCCAUUGAUUUGUACCAUUCCGACCCUGUGUAUACAACAGACGUUCAUGAUGUUCAGUCAAAUAAAGGUGUUCGUAUUCGUAGUUUGGAUACUAGAUUAACAGAUUCGAUUUUUAAUGAUGCUCUAGAGGCAGUUCGAAUUGAUCCGGAUGUAGGGUACAGUGCUCGAUCCCAAGUAUAUUUUCUAAGACAGGGUUCGCUAUACAAUUGUCACCAAAACUGGAAUCCCACUGAAGAUUUAUUCAUUUCUACCUCUGAGACAAUCGUCCUAUAUAAAAUGAGUUAUAGACCAUGCUUCUCUGGUAGAAAUGUCACUAUCACCACUUUGCCAAAUAGCAGAUUAUCAUUUCAACUUAUUAACAUUUUCGAAUAUCAUGGUGAAAGUGUAAUCAGAAUUCAUAAUGAUGGUUCAACAACAGAAAUUACACCUAAUUCCUUGAGAACAUGGGUUACUUCUACCAACAACGAACUAGAGUUUAAUUUUUCAGGAUGUAGUUCAGCAUAUUACUGUCGUUUUAUCGCUAUUAUCACGAGUGUUGAACGCGAAAGUAUCACUCCAUUCAAGCAAUCUCCAGUGAUUGAAAUUCGGAACAUAACUUCAGUAAAUCACCGCAGUUAUGGAAUGUACAUUAGGAAUGUUAUGAAUAAUAACAACCGCAUCAAUCCAUGGAAUUAUUUUGGAAAACAUUCAAUGAUUCAUACUGUUCCAUUCCAUGCUAGAAUUGUAAACUCAUUCUUUGAGAGUCCAACUCGUAACUCCGAGUACGGUAUUUAUAUAAAAAUAGAAAGGUACAUUUCCAAAAAUGGUCAACCAUUUCAGGAUUCGAAUCUACAGAUUAAAGAUGUCAUUAUUGACAACUCAAACUAUGGAAUUUAUGUUCGUAAACGUGGGGGACGUCAAGGCGAUAUGGUUUUGAAUGUGAACAAAGUACAAGUGAGCAAUGCACAAUAUGGAAUGAAGUUUUACCACUAUGAUCACGAUAUUGAUGACAAAGAAUUUCGCAAUCCCAAUGUACAUAUUGAAAACAGUUCGUUUUCGUAUUGUUCCUUAUAUGGUUUUUACUUCUAUGGAGAUCAAGCGAUGUUUGAAAUAAACAACAAUAUAUUCCAUGACAACGACAACAUACUUGAUAUAUUUGGAAAAGAAAAGAAUCUGACCUUGUGCGAUAAUUUGAUAUAUGACAAUAGAGGAGGUAUACGCUUCGGAAUGACAGAGCAUGCCUACAUGAAUAUCUCUUCACCAACAACAAAGUUCUUUGGAAAUAUCAUUGAGAAUAAUACAGCUACAGGUAACUGUUUUAUAAACAUUAAAGGUGUACAGAAUAUACGUUUUCAAAACAAUGUGUUGAACAAUCCAUCAGUAAAUCAAGAGAUUUGCAUAAAAUCACGCUCCAAUGGCAUGGGAAACCUUCUUGACUUUCGCGAGAAUUUCUGGGGCACUAUAGAGUCUUCUGCAAUAGAAAAGAGGAUAACUCACUUCGCAGACUCAAGCAGAUAUGCUAAAGUUGAGUACAUGCCCUAUUUAGAUAAACAAAAUGGUGUCCUAUUGUCUCCAGUUGAUUGUCCAUUCUCAUUCACACCGCCUACAAUAGGAGGGAUACUUUGUUCAGACACUACACUACUCCAAAACGAAAGAUACACCUCUGAAGGUGACAUAAUAGUUCCUCGUGGAAUGAUUUUAACAGUCGGUCCUGGUACAAAAAUACUGUUCAGUCGCGGCAGCAGAAUGCUUAUCCUCGGUACUCUACAUGCAGAAGGUAACUAUUCAGACCCAGUCUUAUUUUCUUCCUUAAGCAAGUGGAACGGGAUUUAUUUCUCGGUGACAGAGAGCCAGCAGCGAUCAAUUCUAACUAAUGUAAUGCUCGGCAAUGUUCGCAGUUCUGGGAAUAUAGGCAGCAGCCCAGUAGUUACAAUAGUUGGUAAACCACCGAGGAUGACUGCAAUCAAUAUAGAUUGUACACGUAACAGUUACCCAAGUGAUGGUCUUGUUGCGUUCAAUAUUUCUGAUAGGAUGAAAAUAUCACAUGCCUCAAUACAGAAUUGUGAUGGUUCAGCCAUAAAACUAUCCCAUCUAGGAUUUCCUUAUAGAAACAUUCUAGAACAAUAUCACAACAUCAAAGAUGAAAUCUAUGGUAUUCCAAAUAUGUGUGACUACAACGUCAAAACGUUUGAAGUGAAUGGAGCAAUAAUGGCUGUCUUUGCAUAUGGUGACGGAUAUCAAUAUCCAAAUGAAAUGAUUUGUGCAAAAACAUUUACUUCUAUUAAUGGAAAAAAUCUUAAUUUUCGAACCAUACACCAUUCGAACUUAACAUCAUUUCUCCUGCAAGCCUACAACGGAAGAAAUCUGAUACCAAGCGAGGAAUUCCUGUCUGAGAGAGUUCCUUCAGUUGAAGUUCACACGACGAAUCAAGUAACAUUCACCAUGCGACUGAUGAUGACUAGGGAAGGGAAUUCAAAUUAUGCUGUAGAAGUGUACGAGGUUGACCAUUUGUUCAAAGAGUUCCCAAAACAGCGAGUCACAAUUGAAAGUAGUAUCAUCACAAAUAAUGGCGACGGUGUCAAAGCGGUUUUAACUGGAUCAUCCACCCCAGAUAUUCAUAUUGAAAGAUCUACAUUCAUGUCAAAUUAUAAAAGUAUUAACAUAGUUUCUGAAAAUAGCUCCAUUACUAUCAAUCAUAACCAAUUCAAGAAAAAUAAAUGGAUAGCAAAUAUUCAAUCUGAGUCGAACAAUGGUAACUCCAAAAUUCUUCUAGCUUAUAACAACAUCACGCAAAACACUGGGCAGACUCUUGUUUAUAUCAAAGAUAAAUCUGAAAAUUUGACGGACAGUGGAAACUUUUAUAUUCUCGAUAAUGACAUCACAAACAACGCGGAUGAAACACUUUUGAAUGAGACAACAAUGCCAAUAAUCUGGAUUGAUGACAUAGAUGGUACAAUUAAAGGAAACAGUUUUGUUAACAAUAGGGGAAGUAAGCUUAUAUGGUGGAAACAAAGACAAGAAGCAUCGUUAUUCACUAAAAACCUUGUUCGGAACAACAUCGGUGAACAACCCAGUGAUAAAAUUACGAUUAUAGCGCAAGGUGUGAAUACCAAAUACAUCAAUAACUGGUUGGAAAACCCAGCAAAUGCAUUUGAGAUGACGUCAGUGAUUGGUUAUCCAACAGUGCAAGCAGCGAGAAAUUGGUGGGGAAGUAGUAUGUCCACAGUAGAUGUCGCUGCUAGAUUACGUAGUACUAAUAUUGACCAAUCCCUUCCUGGUUUUCAAAUCAAGCCCAUUGCGCAGUCUCCUAAGCAAAUAUUAGGGUGUUCAACGAGUUACUGUCCCCGAUAUACUGGAUGCGUCGCAUGUAGCAACCAGAUUGGAUGUGGAUGGUGUGACACUUCACAACAAUGCAUGCCUGGUGGAGGAGACGCCCCAACAUUAACUACCUGUCCAGCUUGGUUUUAUUUCAAUUGCCUAACCACAAAAGAACGUUCGGUUUGUUCUAAGGAAAUACAGAUAAUGGACUGCAAUGGGAAACAAUGUGAUGGUGAAAACAAUCCCUACUACACACAAGAAAAAUGCAACCGCUGUAUAGACAUCGAAAACUGUUUCAUUGAGAAUAAUCCGUUGAGUGAUUGCAAAGUUUGGAACACCACAAGAUGUCCCGAUGGACUUCUCAAUAUCGACUAUACACACACAAGGUUUGAUAAAACUGUUUCAAAGAAUGGCGUUGUGUUUUUGGAUCCGAAAGUAACGCCACUUUUGAGAUGUCCAACAAAAACUGUUGAUGUCAUCGUUGUCUUUGAUGUGGUAUCCCUUCCACGGUAUAAUUCAAUGGCUAUAGUGUCGCCACAGGCAGGUGGAAUAGCACAUCGAAUACAGUCAUACAAGUUCUCCGAGUAUUCUUCAGGAACAUUUACAAUAAUGUCUGGUAAACCGGCAUCUUUGAAUGAUUUGGUAACCUACUCUGAUUUCAACGAACCUGUUGAACUUCGACCGGUGAAUGACAUACUAAUUGACGAACUGGAAACUGAAGACGAUUUACUUGAUCAACUGAGGGACAUGAGAGAUGCAGGGAGUAGAGUUUUCUUUACUGAUGAAAAUAUGUUUCGUUGUCUGGGGGAGCGUAUGGAUGAUUCUGCGUCGUUUGUGAUUGUAAUACCAAAUAGUGCUGAUAACAAAGCUUAUGAAAUAGGAGAUGUUUUAGUUGGAACGCCACUUGGAUACAUCGAAAGCGUUACAUCUGUUGUCCAGGAUUCCAAAAUGAGAAUUGCUAAGACAAGACUGACACAGUGUACAAGGCAAUUGAUGUUUAAUGCUGGUAUCAUCACUCGGAAUGAAUACAAACCACACCUGAAUUGUUUAUCUGGGGAACAGAACCUUUAUGGCGGUACAGUUAUGCCUUCCUACGAGUCGCAGAAUGUAGUCGAGGGGUCUUUUAUACAAGGACGGGGAACACAGCAAUUUUCAGCUAAGGUACUCGACAAAUAUUCAAAUAAUCAACAUAACUUUUACGUCAUGACAAAUGUUGUAGCAGUUAAAAAUGACAGCUCAGUUGAAACAGAAAUACUAAAGCUUUCUAGAAGAAAACGUCAAACGACUACCAGUUAUUCUGAGAAAAUUGCAGUUACUAUGAAGAAAAACAUACAAAUUAAACCCUCCAAACACAAAGGACAUAGUGGUAAUUAUAAACUAACAGUCAAAUACGACGCUGGUGUGACGCUGUCACAGACUGUGACAUCUGAAAAGCCACUUAAAUCCACUCUUGGUGUUAAUCUUGAUGGGAAAUUUAACUACGAUCUUAGAAAUACCAUUAGAUGGGAACAUAAGAACACCUACACUCGUGAAAUGUCACUUUUCAAGAAGUUUAAACAAGUGAAGAAAGAGGUGUAUCUGCAAAUUGGGAGCGACUUGUUUGUCCCAGCGAAGCUCGUAAUGAACUCAAUAUUGAAGUACUCAGCGAAGUCACAGAAUGCUGGUGGAAGGGAUUUGAGAUCAUCUGCAUCAAACAAUGUUGGAGUUGGGGUUGGGUUCUACAAGGCGUCUGGAACUUCUCAUUUCGCAAACGUGAACCUUGAUAUUCAAAAACCUGUACAGGAAGGACCGUAUUUAUUAGACAAUAAAGCAGGGUCAAUUGAUGUGAAAUCAAUUCUUCAAAACACACUGACGUUCACAUAUCCCUCGGGAAAUACUGCGCAACCGGAGGAACAAGAAUGCCCAGCAGAGAUUCUUGGGAAUCAAUUUUGUGAAGAUGAAGGUGAAACAGUGACGGACUUCAAAGUGUCCUUUAAUUUGCCCAUACAUUUGGAUGGGAUCAUUGAUUCGUGUUCAGACUACUGCAACCAAUGUGGAGAGAGUCAGGGUUUUGUAGAUACUGCAUCUGGAAUAGGGGAAAUAACCGGGUUUGUAAAAGCCUCUAGCUUUACAAACUUAGAUGAACAUUUCAAAUCAGAUGGAAACUUAAUAACUGCAAGGCAGUGCUUCAAAACACCUUCCCAGUGUUUUGUAGCCCCAAACACACAGUGUUGUAAAUGUCAAGAAGACAACGGUGUUAUCAUGAAUGGUAAAUGUAUUUGUGACACAUGUCCUGGUGGUAUUAUGAAAGAACAAAUAGGAGGCAGUGGGGAACCGGUAUGUAGUUGUGAGUGUACUGACGGAUCUGUGUCACAACUUCUUCCAGAUGGCAGAUGUGAUUGCCCAUGUACAUGUGCUGAUGGUAGUAUCUCCAACAUGGAUCAGAAUGGAACAUGUUCGUGCGGCUGCAUGUGUAAUAAUUGCCAGCACUCUGUAAUUACUCAGAAUGGAUGCCAUUGUCCCGAUGAUUUAUGUCCUACGUGUGAUGUCAACGAGGAAGUCAUUUGGCGUAACUGUGAAUGUUCAUGUGUUGCUAAACAUCCAUGCGGAAUCGCACCCGGCUGUGUCCCAGGCCGAAGAGGAGAAAGUUGCGACCAACCAGAAUGUGGAACAUGUCAAGAUUGUUCUGGAAACGGGUUUUGUACAGCUUCCCUGGACAGUUGUUCAUCUAGCUGCCAAUGUGGUGCCCAAUGGAGAGGAGCAUGCUGUGAGUUCAGAAUACCAACUGCAGGAGGAGGCGAUCCUCAUCUUCAAACUCUAGAUGGUGUGCGAUAUGACUUCCAUGGCAUAGGUGAGUUUUGGGAUUGCAAGAGCGAGGCCAAUGCUUUUGGUAUUCAGACACGAAUGUUUGGAUAUCGCAACGCAUCUCUCAUCGGAGGGGUGGCGAUUAAAGCGGGUGAGAACAUUGUGACGCUGGUGACACAUCAACCAGCAGAUGAGAGCACAUUACCAGUUAUAAGAUUAAAUGGUGAAGUUGUUGAUGUUGCAAAUCAAACAGUAGAUUACAAGAUAAGUGAUGACGUACAUAUGGUAAUAACUAAUAGCAACGGCAGUGAUGACAGUGUCAUGUUGGUAACUCUUCAAUAUAAUACAGGUGUAAUGGUCAGUACAUAUCUUAGAUACAGUGCUAAGAUGAAGCGGCAGUAUUUGAAUCUGGUCCUUCAGCUAACAGCUGCAUUCUCUGGAAAGACAUCGGGUCUAUGUGGCCUCAUGGAUGAUGAUCAAAGCAAUGACUUCACUGGUGCAGAUGGAAAGUUGUACAACACAACCUCUGUUAUACAAUUUGUUGAAUCAUGGAGAGUUGGGGGUUCCAAAGAGAAUACUUCUGGACUACAAGGUUCCUGGACAUGGACGUCAUCUAACUUCCACAACCUUGACAUACUCGGUCCAAGCUACACCGAUACAACACUGUAUUCCCCAGUAUAUGACAUACGGGAAUUUCCUGAUUACCAAAUUAAUGCAAGUCGAGAAAUAUGUUCAUCUAAGAAAAUCAGUGAUGAAAGGCUACUAGAGGAAUGCAUCUUUGAUGUCUUAGUAACUGAAGAUGCAACGUUUUCUACACAAGAGUAUCUGAAAUCAGACUGCCCGGGUCAAUGUAGUGGAAGGGGCGAAUGUAUAAACUCAACAUGUCAGUGUACAUCAGGAUGGGAAGGUGACGCCUGUGACAUUGGUAUGUGUAAUGAUCCCUGUAUCCAUGGAAACUGUUCCCUUGGAUUCUGUACCUGUAUUGCCGGAUGGGAUGGUCCAACAUGUAAUGAAUUAGCUAAUUGCAGUGCCGUGGAUAAUUGUACAGAUAUGGACCACGGCCACUGUGUGAAACACAACGUGUGCAAAUGCCAGUUGGGAUUCACAGGGACCAAUUGCAGUGAGAUAGCUGUUUGCUUCAAAGUGAACAACUGCACCAACAAUGGUAUUUGCGUUGACCAUGGCGUAUGCAAGUGUGACGUAGGGUGGAUGGGAAAUGAGUGCGACAAGCCCUCAUGUGAAAUACUCAACUAUUGCAAUGAGCACAACCAACAAGGUACUUGCCAGGGAUAUGACAUUUGUUCAUGCGACGAUGGCUGGAGAGGAACAUCGUGUUCAAAGCCAGUAUGUUCGCAAGUGUCGGACUGCUCCGGACAUGGAGUGUGUCAUUCACCAAAUGUUUGCCGUUGUGACCAAGGAUUCUAUGGUGAAUCCUGCAAAGACACUAUAGAUUGUCCAGAAUUAGAUCAUUGUUCUGGACAUGGGAUAUGUGUGCAAGAUGGAAGUAACAAAACGUGCAUUUGUGAUACUGGCUUCACUGGAGCUCAUUGCGAAGAUGUGGACUGUUCUAGCCUGAAUAACUGUUCCGACCAUGGCGUGUGUACUCAACCAAAUAUCUGCACGUGUGAGGACGACUAUACAGGCGAUGGCUGCUCACGUUGGUCCUGCAAAUGGCUACUUUAUUGUUCGGGAAAUGGCAACUGCACGGAGAUGAACAAUUGCACGUGUAAUGCCGGAUGGUCGGGGGCAUUAUGUGAUAUCGCUGACUGCUCUCUGAGAAAUAACUGUUCAAACAAUGGUUUUUGCGAAGCUCCUAAUAUCUGUACAUGUUCAGGAACAUUCGAUGGAAUGAAUUGUGAUACGGACAUUGGACCUAAUAAUCAUGUCCCUGUCUUUACUGCUACUUAUUACACUGGUGUUGUACCAGAGGAGUCGCCUAUUGGGACGAAUAUUCAUUUUGAGAGUAAAUUAAACGCAACUGAUGAAGACACGGGAAGAAACGCGAAAUUAAAUUUUAGAUUUUCCGAGCCAAAUGGACUGUUUCUAAUUGAUAGAAACACUGCUGAGAUUAAAACGGCGGUAGAGUUUGACAGAGAGACAAUGGCGAAUGAUACAAUGAUAAUUGAAGUUAUUGUUGAGGACAGUGGAUCUCCAUCGAAAUCUUCUAGUGCAACGAUUACGAUUCAAGUUACAGAUAUUAAUGAUAACCAACCAGAGGUUGAUGACGCACCAAAUAAGCCGAUAUUCGUGAAAUUAUUCAACUCCACACAGGUCGAGUUCGUUACAACCAUACGUGCCACUGAUCCUGACAGCGAGGAAAACGGCAGAGUUAAUUAUUACAUCCACACUACGACUGAUCAAGAUGCCAAAGAUCUAUUCACAAUAGAUUCUUCAACGGGAGUUGUUCACGUUGACCCAUCGUCUGGUAAAAUACAAUGGAAAGUCUACCGUUUAUGGGUUGUUGCAGCCGACAAUGGUCCAAGUACCACAUUACGCAGUGUUCACCUCGUAGAAGUUUCCUUAUAUGGAGAUUUCUACAUCGUCUACACGAACCCCCCUCCAGUAUCUACAACAACAGUGACCACGCCAUCACUGACAACAGUUGACUUGACAACGCUUACGUCAUCCCUGGCAACAACGACCACAACAAACGAGGUAGCAAUAACAGAAAUAUACAGAUGCGAUGAUGGCGAGCUUGUGAUUGGCGGCGUCUGCACAAGUUCAUGGUUAGUUAUCGGGGUACCAGCUGGUGUAUGCUUCCUGCUAUUGUUGACGGCAAUAUGCAUAGUUAUUGUGGUCAUCCGUAAAAGAAAAGGACACAAGGGAAAACAAGUUGACGGAAAUAGAGAGACGGGCUACGACAACCCAGCAAUGGAACGUGAUGCAUUGUACAUGACUAGCUUGUCCAGCACGGGCCGUGAAAACCAAUUUAAGAAUCCCUCAUGGAAAGGAAGUGAUAGGUACAUAUCCUCUCGCUCUAAUCACCGCGAUACACAUGUAUAUCGCGACUUGAAUAGUGACCGUAUGGAUCGUUUACCAUCGCCAUAUGAUCAUGGCGAUUCUGCACAUGUUUAUCAGAACUUACAACAGCUAGGGAGUAGCGACCUCGAUGUACGUACGAUGAGUGGCCAGGCCAGCGUUAGUAAUCUCUCAGUAAAGGAGGAUUUCAAAAUUCCAAGACCAAACGUUCAGAAGACACCGAUGUACACAUUCAAGCGUUAGAAAUGUGACAUUAAUUACAUGUAACGUGAGAUCAUUGACCAAUACAGCCGGCGCCACAUGAACAGUGGGUGCUCACACAAUGAAAAUCAAUAAAGAGUAGCUAACGACGGAACAUGUUUAUAAUUUGCUAACCAAGAGAACACUGUAGAAGUUGAACUAUACGGGGUGUCAAAUAAAUAUUGCCCCCCCCCCCCUUAGUUUCAAAAAUAUGAACUUAUAUGCAUAAACGUGCAUCUAGUUG